AUGGCAACCGAUAAUUAUAAAAGUACUCAUUCAUUGGAAAAAUUUCAACAUGCAGCUGCUGCAAUUAUGCCGCAUUUGAAUAGAUUUCGGCGUGCUGUAUCUGAUCAUCCUGCUGCUCCUGUUCAGCGAAAACGAUUUAUAUCUGAUUGUAUAACAGCAUUUACCUCGAUUGAUGAUUAUAGUAUUGAAAGUGAUGAAAAUUCAACUGAAAGUGAAUCAUUAUCUGAUAUUUCACCAAUUCGGCAACAUGGUGAAGUUAGAAUAAAUCUCGACGAUGAAUUGAUUCAACCAACUACUAUGAAAAUGCAUACUGUAGAGACGUUUAUUCGUCGUAUAGUUCCUGAUUUUUUAACUUGCCAUCAAGUGUGGCUUGUCAUUCACGUCUUAAUUACAGUUGUACUGUGUGUACUCUAUUUUACUCAUAAAAUUGAAACAUCAGCUGGUACAAUAGCGAUAUUUGAAUUAUUAUUUGGUGUUCUAGUACGAAAUGAAAUCUUUAUCUCUCUACUCCAUUGUUUUGUUGGAGUAAUUCCGUAUUUUAAAUAUGAAUUUAAUCGAAUGUUACAUUGCAUUGGUGGACUUCAUGUUUCAUCAGCAAUUGCUACUUUUUUCUGGUUAUUAAUAUCUCUUAGUUGUGAAUGGCAUGGUUUAGUUGUACGAAUUAGUGGUGGCAUUAUUUUAUUUUUUGUUAUAUUUCUUUCAUUGACAGCAAUGCCAAUCAUACGUCGCCGUUUUCAUAAUGUUUUUGAACAUAUUCAUCGUUAUGUUGGUUGGACAUGUUUAGUCGUACUUAUUGUUCAUGUAAUCUUUCUUCAAUUAGACAACUUUCAAUCUUUUAGUACAAAAGCUUUAUUUAAUGAAGCUGUAAUAAUUUUAAUAAUCAUUGUUAUCAUUAUUAUUUUACCUUGGAUUUGGGUACGUAAAGUCUCAGCACAGUUUAGUCAACCAUCAAAAGAUUUAACUGUUAUUACAUUUCCUCAAGCACUUUAUCCAUACGGUUCAACAACACGUAUAUCUUUUGAUGGACAUGAGUGGCAUGCAUUUGCUAUUGCUCUUACUAAUCCAUGUUCAGAUCAACAUUCAAUAUUAGUUGCAGCAGCUGGAGAUUGGACAAAAAAAUUAGCUGAAAAUUAUCAAACGAAUAAAUUACCAGAACAUAUCUGGAUUCGACGUAUCAAAGGUCUUGGUUUUAUGUAUAGUAUUCAUGCUUAUCAAAAGGUGUUAAUUGUAUGUACAGGUGCUGGUAUUGCACCAGCAUUACCUUAUAUUAAAGAUCCAUUACCUACAUGUCAUACACAUAUUCUAUGGAUUGCUAAACAACAUGAAAAUAAUUAUGGUGAAUAUAUUUGGAAAUUAGUUCAAAGUCGUCAACCACAUUUUACUUUACAUGAUACAAAAAUCCAUGGACGACCUGGUGUUCAAUUAGUUGAAGAUCAUUUUUGGAAAACAAAUUCCCAUGCUGUAUUUAUUGUUUCAAAUGAAAAAUUUACGAAUGAAAUAACAAACGCACUUUGGCGGAAAGGUAUUCCUUGUUUCGGUGCUUUGUUUGAUUCAUAA